CGACGCGACGGCAAAAGACAUGUCGCACCGCUCGAGGAAGAGACAACGCCGACAGAGAUGUUGAAGUUUAUCAGAGGGAAGGGCCAACAACCUACGGCCGAGCGACAGAAACUACAAAAGGAUCUUUUUGCCUUUCGAAAGCUUACUCAAAUCUCAAUAAUGUGGAAAUUAGAAUGGAAUACAACAAUAAAUUAUUUAGUAUAUGCAAUUCUUCAUAAAAAAGAUCCAGAAGCUGUUGCAGCUAAACGAGCACUACUCUAUGUAGCCGAAUACCUCAUCGCCGAUAUGAACGUGAAGCCAGUUCUAAGAACUGGUGGGGAUAUGGAUUUGCAAUUAAGCGGGUAAAAAUUGUUAUAGUUAAGCGGUUACUAUUGUAUUUUUCUAGACGUCGAGAUUGAAUGAAAUAGAUUAGCCUCGCUUUUAUGACAAAACAAUAUUACCAUGGAUAAAUAUCCAUGUUAUACAUAUUUAAAUAUUCAUGUGCUGGAGUUUUCAAUGGAAAGCGAACAAUUUCGAUGCAUUGCAUAGAAGCUAUUUUGUAUUUUUUUUAUUCAGAGGAAAGUGAGAGUAUACAUUGAGAUAAAUUCGUUUUCAUUUUUAUAUUUAAAGUAUAGCUCUUGAGGUUAAAUCUGGUUCUUUCAUUCGAUUAUUUCAGAUUUUUGAAAGAACAUUAUAAAUCAUUUUUCUCAUAUAUAUAUAAAUUUUUAAUAUUUUAAUUGAAAAAAUACUAAUCAAAUCAUUGAAUUUGAUAAACGUCAGAAGGUUAACCUUAUCAGACAGCUAUCGGUUUUUAAACCAAAGCGAUCCUUCAUUUCUUUCUGUUUUAUUUACACGUUCAUUGUUUAUAAGUCAACAAGCUUGCAAUUGAAAGUUUAUUCUGUUACCAUGUCAGAUAGUAAUCUCGUGUUUCGUGAUAUCACGAUGUUGACACACGAUACGUUUUACAGAAUACAAGCUCUUUUUACGCGUAAGCUUCCCGAUCGUUUUACAGAUAAAUCUUGUCUUUAAAAAAAAGAAAAAGAAAAAAAAACGUAAAAAGAUAGUGAAUAUCGCGACUCAAGGAGAUUCAUAAAUAUACCAUGAUAUAAUUCAUAUAUAAUAGAUAAAAAAAACUUGUUCCAAAUUUAUUUUCGAUAAAAGAAUAUGAAUGAAUUCGACUUUAAUUACUAGUUAUCAAAUUAUACAUAACAUAUAAAAUUCCAAGAUUUGCCAUUUUCAUAGGUUACUGACAUUUAUGAAUAACAAAUAUAAUAAAUACUUUUUAUAAUAUUAAACGAAUAUUUAAAAAAAUUUUUUGUUUUUUUCGUUUUCGAGUUGAUCUUGUUUAAAUAAAAUCAUUUUCUAUUAAUUUGAAAGAAGCGAAAUAUAUUUAAUCAACACAACGCUAUCCAGACUACUUUUUAAGCUGCUUUCAUACGAUGGAAUAUUAAGAUUCUAAAAUUGCCUUCAUCCAAGAACAUGAUACAGCGUAUUUUAAGAAUGAACAGUGCGGAAUCAACAGGUCGAUACCCGAACGUAAUCGAUACCGAAAGUCUAGAAGACGACCAGUGGCCGAGACACGGUGCAAGAGAGUCAGGAUUAUUGUGGUCGUGUAUGGUGUGUGUGGUGCGUUUCUUUAGCGGUUCUGUCUCGGUUGGCUGUCAUCGUCGCCAGCCAUCGGGUGCACUGUCGCGAAACCUUAUCGCGGUUUAAUUCUCUGCCUGCUGGAUUCGAAGUUUGACGACACGGAUUGCGAAAAUAGACACGGUGCAACAUGGAUUCCCAAAUAAACCCACAGCCCUCGCAUGGGAUCCGAGUUUGCGGUUGAUGAUCAUUGGCACGGCAUCCGGCGCCAUUAAGGUAUUCGGUAGGCCAGGUGUGGAAUUCUAUGGACAACACACUAUUGAAAGUGGAGAGAAUGCUGUCACGAAGAUUGUUGCUUUGCCCAACGAGGGACGCGUCGUUUCUCUCUGUGACGAUAACUCUCUUCAUUUGUGGGAGAUUAACGAGAGUUCAGUCGUGGAAACCAAAUCGCUUUCGUUGGAAGGUAAAUUGAAGAAAAUCUCGGCGAUGUGUCUUGAGUCGAGCGGCGAACACUUACUUCUGGGAACCGAGGGCGGAAACAUUUAUCUUUUGAACCUGAAAACAUUUGUGGUGCCUGACAACAUCAUUUACCAGGAUGUCGUAAUGCAAAACGUCCCAGAUGAUUAUAAGAAGAAUCCAGGAGCAGUCGAGGCGAUAGCGGAACAACCAGGUCAUCCAGACAAUAUUCUGAUAGGUUACAAUCGUGGCUUAAUGGUUUUGUGGAACAAAGCGACUCCUGGAGCCCAACAGACAUUCGUCUCCACGCAACAGCUGGAAUCUGUCCAUUGGGUCUCCGAGACCCGUUUUGUUUCCUCCCACAACGAUGGAUCCUAUGCAUUUUGGAGCGAUAGCAGCGAUAGCAUGUUGGAGUCGACCACAUUGUAUGGACCGUUUCCGUGUAAAGCUAUCACUAAAAUUCUCGUCUAUCCAACCGCAGAGCUUAAAGAACUGGUCUUAUUUUCGGGUGGAAUGCAACGCGCGAGUUACGGCGAUCGUCAUACAAUUACUGUUAUGGUUAAAGGAAAACAUGUCGUUUUUGAUUUCACAUCAAAGGUGAUUGAUUUCUUCACUGUAUUUUCUAAGGAAGAGGAUGGAAAAGAUAUUCCUGCUAGUCCGGAAGCGCUUAUAGUAUUGGCUGAAGAAGAGAUAGUGGCCAUUGAUUUGACUAAUUCUGAAUGGAAAAUGAUGGCAUUACCUUAUUUAGUAUCUCUCCAUGCAAGUGCGGUCACUUGUUCACAACAUGUCCCAAAUGUUCCUGAAGAAUUGUGGGACAAUAUAAUCGCAGCUGGAAAAGCACAAACAGAGCAUCUAUAUUCGGAUAAACCAUGGCCUAUAGACGGUGGAAUUAUUCUUAAUCAAAAAUCGGGAAAUGAUAAACCAAAAACCAGAGAAUUGUUGCUUACCGGUCACGAAGAUGGCACCGUGAGAUUCUGGAAUGCGUCUGAUGUUGCUUUAACACCUCUUUAUAAAUAUAACACGUCCAUUCUAUUUACCGGUGAACAUCUAGAUGUUCUUGAACAACCACCAGAGGAUGAUGAGGAUGAGUGGCCACCAUUUAGAAAAGUUGGAACCUUUGAUCCAUAUUCUGACGAUCCAAGACUUGCAGUAAAAAAAGUUUUACUUUGUCCUCUGUCAUCGACGUUAGUGGUUGCUGGUACAGCUGGUCACAUAAUUACAGCUACUAUAUCAUCUGAACCUGUGAACAAAGAGAUCAAAGCUAUCACGAUGAAUAUUGUGAACGAUCGUGAUGGAUUUGUUUGGAAAGGUCAUGAUCAUCUUCCGGCGAGAACAACCAGUAUAUCUUUCGCAGUUGGUUUUCAACCACAAAGUCUUCUUCAAUUAUAUCCACCAGCUGCGGUUACAGCAUUGGCUAUACACAGUGAAUGGGGAUUACUUGCAGCAGGCACAGCUCAUGGUUUAGCUGUUUUUGAUUAUACAAGAGGAAAGGCUGUUAAUGUAAAAUGUACACUUAAUCCAAAUGAUCUUUCUGGAGCCAGUGAUACACCAAUUUCUAGAAGAAAAUCAUUCAAGAAAUCAUUGAGAGAAUCUUUCAGAAGAUUAAGGAAAGGAAGAUCACAACGACGAACAAAUGCUAAUAGUCCAACCAGAAAUACGACAUCGGAGAAAAAGAAAGAAACGCCUAGUGUUGCUUCUUCGCCAAGUGGCGAUCUUUCACCAGUAGAAUUGAAACCUGUGGAAAGACAAGUAGAAGCAAGACCUGUAGAUGAUGCGUUGGGAUCAAUGGUUCGAUGUUUAUAUUUUGCUAGAAGUUAUAUUAUAAGCAUGCAAAACACAACGCCUACGCUUUGGGCAGGUACCAAUAACGGUACAGUUUAUGUGUUCACAUUAGCAAUUCCUGCAGGCGUUAGAAGAACAGAAGAAGAUGUAAAUUGUACAUUAGGAAAAGAGAUUCAAUUAAAACAUAGAGCACCUGUAAUUGCAAUCACAAUUCUCGAUGGAUCUAGUGUACCGUUACCAGAACCAUUCGAAGCCGAAAAAGGCGUGAGUCCUGGUCCUGAUAUGGCAUCACCACAUAGAGUUGUAAUUGCUAGCGAAGAACAAUUCAAAAUCUUUAAUCUUCCAUCCUUGAAACCAUAUUGUAAAUACAAACUUACUGCACAUGAAGGUUCACGAGUAAGAAAAACAGGUUUUGCAAAAUUCACAUGCCCAAUGGAACCUGCGGGAACACACGAAGAAACUUGUUUGUUAUGUUUGACCAAUCUUGGAGAUUGUUUAGUGCUCAGUAUUCCAGAAUUGAGAAGACAGCUUAAUGCUGCUGCUAUUAAGAAAGAAGACAUUAACGGAAUUUCUUCGUUAACAUUCACAAAAGCUGGCGAAGCAUUAUAUCUAUAUUCAAGUUCAGAACUGCAACGAAUUUCAUUGUCGGCUAAUAAAGUGACAAAAGCAAACUGUGCGUUAAAUUUACCACCAAAUGCUAGAUCAUUUCCUGAAACUAAUAACGAAGAUACUCAAGAGGAAGGAAUAAUUGAAGGUACACCUGAAACGGAAGGUGAAACAACCCAGGGAAGUCAAUCAGUUACAAUGCAAAGGAUUACAGAGAAUGGUGUAGUGGGUUCUACCGGUGGUGAAGAAUCUCCGAAAGAAUCACCUUUGCAACCAGCUGCAAGUACCAAUGAUGUAAACGCAGAAGACGAUCGUCAAGACUUAAGCUCUAUUGGAGAUAUAACGAUCGAUAGCGUGAAGGAUCAUUUGCUUAACAGUUCACUUUUCAGAAAUGCAACGUCUUCCGAAGAACUUCACAAUCGUCUUGCAGGACUUAAAAUGGAGGUGACUUCACGAACUUCGGAAAUCUCUACUCAAAAUCAAUCGCUAGUUUUAAAGACUACUACCGUUGUUUCGCAAACAACCAACAAUACUACUGCUAAUGGAGAGAUCGAAACAAGUCAAACAAAUGAAACUCAACAAGUGAACAGCACUACAGUAGAAAGAGAGAUUCGCAGCGGUACUGAAACUACAACAACACAUGCUACAAUUACUCUACCUUCAAACGUCGAGGUCAUCAAACGGCACUGACAAUGAAAAUAUUGUGUUAAUUAGUAUCGGAUCUUACUUCAAUGUUAAGCCUAUACUCCGCGAUCCAAAUGAAAGAUUUAUGAAUUUUUAGUGUUUCUUAAAAAUCGUGCAAUAUACAGAAAUUCUGUACUCAUUCAUAUAAAAACUACCUCUCUUUUAAUAAUAUAAAAAAAGGACGACAAUUAAAUAAUAUUAUUUUUUUAAGACUUUUAACUGUUUUUACAAAAUUUGGGUGUGACGAAAUGAUAGGAGGGUAUCUUUACGAAAAAUAAAAAUUUUAUCAAGACAAUACAUAUUUCUUUUAAAUUUAAUAAUAUGUAUAUAUUCCUUCUUUUUCUAAAAAUUUUAAUAUUCCAUUUAAUUUUCUAAAAGAUUUUAUUUUUCUAAAAGAUAAUAAUAUUAAUUUAUUACUUUUAAUUUUUUUAAAAUUAAUAAUCACGAUUAAUUGCAAUUUUCUUGCAUAUCUAAGAAGAUUACACUGAUCAUUAUAAAAUUUGGAUAUCAUUUGCUUAAAGAUUAUUUUUUUCUAUUUUAUUUCAAUGAUAAAUUAAUCUAUCUUUAAUGUAUUUUAUCGCUAUUUCUUUAUGUAUAAAUUUUGCAUAAUUGAUGUUAUUCAGUUUAAUAUUAAUAAAAUAAAAAAUUUUUCUUCUGUUUUUAAUUUCUUAAACUAUUAUUCAAUGUGCAAUUAGAUGUAGUUGUUUAUACAUCAC